UAUCAAGAUCUAGUUAUCACCAGUUGUUGCCUUAUUUGUAGGGCAAUGACUGCCCCGCCAGUUUGAUAAGAGAAUUGUGGCUAAUGCAUACGAUCAUGUGGCUGUGCAGAGUUUGUUCUUAGGCACAUCGGGAGUCUUAUUGUUCCGGUCGAGACAGUUGCCCCGUAGGCACCUUAUCCAUUAUCAGCCAACGCUUGUUGCUUGUUCAACCUCCACGCUUUUUUCCCGCGUUCUGCCAGUUGCGAUUACGACAGAAACUCCGACUAGCCCGAACCACUUCAACAUCAGUGGCGCAUCUUAAUUAAGGUCGCUUGAGAACUACAUUGAUAUGGCGCACGGCGCUGAGGACUGUGCAUCCGUGCUAGAGCAAUUCGUUCAUGAUGUUGCGAAUCUGCCAGCGGAAAUCAACCACUUGAUGGAAGAGAUCCAGGCCAAAGACAAAACCAUCCAAGAAUGUCGCACUACGAUCAAUUCGAGAGAUAAUAGCUUACAAAAAUUCAUCAAAAUGAAUGGCAGUCUGACGCCGAAUCCCAAAGAAGAGCAAUACGGAAAGGUCAUACUACAGAAUCUUGACAAAUCGCAACAGCUACAGGAUGAGAAGAUACAAUUGAGUGAGAAAGCCUGCGUCUUGUUAGACCGGCAAAUCAAGAAACUGGAUAUCAAAAUUCGUGACUUGCAGAAUGACGGUAUUCUUUCAAGCGAUCCUCCCUUGCCCUCUCUCUUCAACAACAGCGACCAAUACCGAGACCCCCCAAAGAUCUUUUUUCCCGACUCCGCCUCCGACUCCAAUUCAUACAACUCUCCCCUACAUCCUACGUCCGGGAACGCCAACGUUAUAAUAGGCGCCACUCAGAGACUCAAUCAAUCUCUGGCCCGAUCAGCGGGUGUGGCUGCCCUAGGCUCUCCGACUGCUGCGCGAAGCUCAGCUCCCGCAACCCCCGCCGGUGGCACAGCUCAUUUUCACCAACGACAACGCGAAUCAUCAGCUGGCGCUGUGGAGAACAAGCGACGGCGUUUGAACCCUUCACUAGGAACGCUGCCAGCAGCAUCGUCGAAUCUCCGACAAUCCUCUUUAGGUCCCGGCACACCCAAAGGAGGUACACCAGCCUCUAGUCGUGCUGGUAGUGCCGGGCCACGCUCAUCAAGCACAACGAAAAAGGCUUUGACCAAGAAGGUUGCACCUCACCAACAAUUGAAAAAGAUCAAGGCAUCAUCUGGACUGAAUGGCAAAUCAACUAAACGGUCCUCCAGCGCCAGUGGCCGUAUCAAGCUUACUACAAAGAAAUCGCCUUCUGCCCCCGGCGGCGAUGAAGACGAGGAUGAUUCGAUGCUCAGCAGCGCUGAUGUCUCAGAUUCCGAGAACAACAGCGAUGCCCGGCGUGGAGAUGAUGACAUGGAAGAAGAGGAAGAAGACGAGGGCAACGAAGACACCAAGGUCUAUUGUACUUGUCGCAGCGUUAGCCAUGGCGACAUGGUUGCUUGCGAUAACGAAAAUUGCGAAUUUGAGUGGUUUCACUGGAAGUGCGUCGGUUUGACCAGGGAGCCUGUAGGCACAUGGUUUUGUCCUCAGUGUGCAGCCAAGUUAAAUAGUUGAUCAUACCCUCUAGUUUACCUUGAUAUUUAGCCUGUUAUAAUUUUUUUUUAAAUUGAUUGUCAUCUCAUUCGAUUGAGCAAUUCAAUAGCUCUUGUAGAUAUUCAGCCUUCCGCCGUUUCAUAAGGUACAAAGAUUAGGCCACGAAAUGAAGCAAACCGAUAGCUUCUGUUAGAACCGAACCAU